CUGGCGCAGAAACACACUGUUGUCGGCUUGUCGCUCAGUCUGUUGUCGGUUUUUUGGUUUACAGUCGUCCACCAUUGUACGCCCCUGCGCCACCGCUGCUAUAAUAAUAAUAAUAAUAAUUAUUAUAAAUAUUAUUAUUUCGUCGCAUUGUUGACUAUUGUAUUUUAUGAGUGUUCCGCCGGUAGAUGCAUUUCCUUCCUUUGCCGCGUGCACCCGCACAUUAGCAUUUUCGAACCAAUCCGUGGCGCCCUGAUCGUUGAUUGUUGUUGUUGUUGAAGAUUCGCACGUUUCAGCAGUAGCCAACGCUGAUGAUUGCGUCCUUGUCCGCUAAGUAGUCUCCUCUCUCGACUCACAUUCGCGUGUGAUCCCAUCGCGUAGGAUGCGCCCUUAAAUAUGUGAAUCGUCCGUUGUGUCGGACAUGCGUCAAACCAUAAUAUGAGCAACACCAGACUUGAUCUUAAAGUUGACAAAAGUGCUAUCAUCAGUUUUGGUAACAUCUAUUUACCAUGUUCACGGUGGGCGUGAAUGACAGUAGUUGUCCAUCGAUAGCUGUAAAAAAUUAUGAAAAUGUAAUUGGAGUUUUCCCCACUGGAGUUCAAUUUAGUAAACCAAGUGCUGACAGAUUAAGGCAACCAUUUAACAAAAAUUCACCACCUGGUGACGGUAUUAUAGGCUACAGACUAGCUUACUUACUUAAGUCUUUGGAUCCUGAAAAGCCAUUGAGAACAUCCUUAAUAACAAUGCCUAUGCGUCAUAAUAUUUUCAAUAAUCCAAAUAUAUCAAUUACUCCUAGUUCACCAUUACCAAAACAACCUCCAAUAGCUUCUGCCAGCCGACCACCAUGGACUAUGCCAGUAUCACCACCAGUUUCAAUUGUACCUGUGACUUGUGAGCCAGACAUAGUUACAAAUAGUAAGGAAAUUCAAAAAAAUUCCAAAAGAACUGCUCCAUAUCAAAUUUCUAAUCGGACAAUUAAACAACCUAGACUUUCUAUUACUAAACCGAUCAAUGCUCGAAAAGAUUAUAAACCGUCUACAAAAAGUGUUUUACCAAACCCAGUUGUAAAUUAUCAAACAAAAAAAAAUGAUACAAUGGUUUCUAGUAUUAAUGUAGCUACAUCUAUUCCUUCAACAUCGAAUGCUGUAAUCCAACCUACACAAAAAGCCAAUUGUGUACAAUCUACAAACGAAGAACCACAACCAUCAAGCUCAGAAUUGAAUUGUAAGGACAAUUCUUCACAUGUGAAUAAUGAUAAAAAAAAAGAGAAUGGAUUGCGCAAGAAGUUUAGCUUUCACAAAGAUGAGCUCAAGUUGAAAGUUCUAGAAAGCAAGACAGUUGAUGAUACUUUUGUCCCAGAACAAGAAGUAAUGGAAUUCAAAGGCAUUGAUGAAAUAUUUGAAUUCAGAAAAUCCAUGUUAUUGAAUGAUAUUAUUAUUGCUAUGGGUACAGCCAUGAAAAAGAAUAUGGAUGUUGAUGAAUUUGACCAUUUACAAAAAACUUCAAAAACUUUAAAUUCCUGCAAAUAUAAUUGGUCAACUGCACCUUCAACUAGUUCUAAGAAAAGCCCAUCUAGUCAAAAUAAUAUUAAUUCAAUAAAUCAACCUAAUCAAGUCGGCAUAAUUAAAUCACUGAAACAAACAAUCAUACAACCGCCAUCUAAACAAACUAAUAAAUUAUCAAAUAGCACUAAACAACAGUCUACUUCAACAAAUAUAUCUUCAAAAAUACAACAUCCUACAAUUAUUCAAACUGAAUCAAAACAUCAUUUAUCUAAUAACCUGCACAAUAAUAUUUCUUUAAAACAUACUAAGGCUGUAGCAACACCUAUCCAAACAUCAAAUAAACAGAUAAUUAACAGUAGCCAGCUUCCUGCAUCUUCAAAAUUUGUAUCAACCACUAAAAAAGUGGUUAAUUUAUAUCAAAAUGUGAAACCAGCAAUCGCACAUCAGUCAUCAGUUAAAGAUGUAAAAAAAUGUAUUAAGUGUAAAGCUUUUUCAGAGGAUGAGACAUGUGCAGCAUGUCAUAUGUCUUCUCAUUUAAAAAAUGUUACAGUUACAAGGAUUGAAACUCCUAGUACUUCUGCUGCUGUAGCUCCCGAGAGCCCUAUUAUAACGCACAUUAGACCCAUUGAUGUUCCAUCAAGUUCUAUAAAUUCUGUUUCAUCUCACGAUCAAUGUGUUGUGGUAUCAUCUGGAGAAGAAGAGGAAGAACCUUUGGAACCCAUUAUUACUAAAGUCGAGACAAAAGAAGCAUUAAAGAAACAUACUGACAAAUUAUGUUUGAAUCCUAAACUUUUGGAAGAUAGGUUAUGGCAGAAAGACUUGAGUGUUAAAGAUUAUUAUAAAAUUGAGGAUUGUCACUCUGUACACAUUGGUAGUUUCAAAACUGUACCAACACCUUCUGGUGAUAUGUUAGUUUGUUUGCAUGGAAUACGUAUGACUGUAAAAGGUCUUGAACCAGAACCAGUGACUAUUGAUUUACAAAUGGACAAUGUUGUGAAAAUUUUGGGUUAUCAUGGAGAAAAUCCUUUAAUUAUAAUUUACACUAACCAUCUAGCUGCAGUUGGCAUUCAGCAUUUAUUAAAUAUGAAUGAAGAUGACAAAAACCAUUUCUACGAUCCAUUAAGUAAAGAUGUUACACUAAAUAAAAUUGUUUGGUUUUUUAAUUUGAAAAGACCCGAGAUACAGCACUUGGAAAAAUUACUAUUAAAAUUAUCUAAAAGAAAGUAUGCUCCCUUGACAUUAAAUCAAGUAAACAAAAUUCUUUGCUUAAAGAAAAAUGAUGAGGAGGAGAUUAAAAAACUUGAAAAAGAACAACAGGAUGAACAUGAUAGAAGAGUAAAUAAUACUACAAUACUUGAAGAUAAAUUAGGCGAGAGAUUUUCAGUUAUCAAAAUAAUAGACUAUAAAAUGUUGAAUUCAAAUGAAUUUGUAAAUGAUAUUCUUAUUGAAUUUUAUUUAGAUUAUUGGUAUAAUCACAAAUUAAGUGAUGAAGAUAGAAACCGAACGUAUGUAUUUAGUACAUUUUUUUAUACAAAUCUGGCAAAAUCAUUUAAUACCUCAGACUAUCCAUCACACUACACGGCAUCACAGAUAAGACAUGCAAAAGUAAGAAAAUGGACUAAAAAUGUAGACAUAUUCAAGAAAGAUUUCAUUUUUGUACCAAUAAAUGAAAAUUACCAUUGGUUUAUGGCAGUUAUAUGUUAUCCUUACCUAACAGGUAAAGUUAAUAUGAAAGAUGGAACACCAGUAAACGCACCUGAUGAUAAUACUGGUCGAUAUCAACUGCCACCAACUGAUUCCACUGCCGUUGAUCGUAUUGAAGCUGAUCCUAACGUUGAAGAUCUUUGGUUGUUUGAUUCGACAUCAACUCAAAACUAUGCAGAUAAACAUGGUGUUGAUUAUGAUACUGAUGUUGCGGUUUUAAAGAAAAACAAAAAUAUACUAGUUAAACGGCCUUGUAUUUUAUUGUUUGAUUCGUUGUCUGGUGGGGUUGGCCGUGCUAGAAUCACAGCCACACUUCGUGAUUGGUUAGACCAAGAAUAUUUUGCUAAAUACGGCAAAAAAAGAGAUUUUCACCCUAGCAUUAUAAAAGGAUCUUUAGUUAAAGUACCUCAGCAACCUAAUUAUACAGAUUGUGGCCUUUUUGCAAUUCAUUAUUUUAAAAGGUUUUUUGAUAGGCCAAUUGUAGACUACACUUUACCGAUUCGUCAUUUAGAAAAUUGGUUUUCUACUGAUGAAGUGGCUAAGAAUUGCCAAAAGAGAAGAGAACUACAAAGUAUUAUACUGCUUAGGAUGAAAGAGCGAGGAUCUGUUUUGCCAGAAGAUAUAGAAUUGCCAAUUCUUAAUUUUACUGACCCUCCUGUAAAAACACCACAAAACCCUAAUCAAAAAAAUAUGCAUCCAUCUGAUGUACCAAACUCGACAAAUCGUAUUAAUUCGUCAAAUUCCAAACCUUCAACUUCUCAUUAUCAACAAAUUCCUUCACAUAAGUAUCAAAAUCAUGUUACUCAUAAUAACAGCAGAUAUCAAAAUCAUCAGUAUUAUGAUGAUCAUCAUUAUGGGUCAGAAGAUGAAAGCGAAAUUGAUGAAGAAGACAUAGAAAGACAAUAUAAUGAAAAUGAUCAUUAUGAUGAAGGAUUUCCUGAAGAAUUUCCUGAAUCAUUUCCUGAAUCAUUUAAUGUAGGAAGUCAAAGAGAAUAUUAUACCGAAAUGGUAGGAAAUACACAGCAAAUAGAUUACGUAAACCCUUCUCCUCCAUUACCUGAUAUUGGCAAUGUAUAUCGUAUACCUCCUAAUAAUAGGAAUAUAGUUGUCAAUGUUAAUGCUAGAGUGGGCAAUCGCAGAAGUUUCGAAUACAAUAAUGUUGUAGAUGAGUAUCCAGAGUAUGAAAUUGAUGAUGAUGAUGAUGAUGAUGAUGAUGAUGAUGAAGAAAUAGAUGAAGAUGAAGAAGAAAUUGAAGAUGAAGAUGAAGAUGAAGAUUUUAAUGAGCCCAAUUCAACAACAAAUCAUAAUAGACGUGAUAAUCGUUUUAAUCAUAGUAGACUAUCAAAUUAAAUUCAAUGAAAAUAAAUUGAUUAAAAUAAUGUUAUAAAUAAUCUCAUUAAAAUGUUAAGACCAGUUUGACGUUAUUUAAAAUUGUAAAUAUUAUGAUAUAUUUUUAAGUAACAAAAUUACUUAUAUUAAUAUAAGAAAAGGAAAAAAUACUGAGAUUUAUUAUUUAAAAAUAGAUAUUUGAUUUAUUAAUGUUCAUUCCAAUUUUUCUGCUUUAAAAGCAGUUUUUAAGAUAUAUUUUAUUUGGGUAAUUUAAAUUUGAUAUUCUUUUGGUUAGAAUUUGUUUUGACAUUUAUGUUAUGUAUGUAAAAAUCCAUGUGUAUUAAAAGUUUAAAGUUUAUAUUUCAAUAUGCUGUUAUCAUUGUUGUAAUGUAUAAUACACAUGGAUUUUAUGGUUUAUAACAAUGUAAUUAAUUUUGAUAAUAUAAAUUAUACAUGUACAAAUAUUUUUUUUAAAUUUGUUGUCAUAUAAUUUUAUAUUUUUAAAAGAAUGAAUAUGUGUUUAUAUUCAAGGUUAAUUCUGAGAGCAUAGUUUACAAGAAAUGUGUAUAAGCUCUUGUCAAAAAUUUAUGAGCAACAUUUGUAAAUGUUUUAUGAUAUAAUAUUUAUCACUCUGUAAAUGCAAAUUAAGUAUAUUAAUAUACUUUAAAUCAGUAGAGUAUGCAUGAUUUUAGUUUGGUUAGGGUUUUCAUUAUGGAUUGAUCAAAGACCCGUGUGGAGUCUUUACCUAACCACUUUAUAGAUAACUAGUAAAUAUCACCAACAUUUUAUUACACGAAAUAAUUUUUUCAGAUUUCUAUUUUUGUAUUAAUUGUCAUCUCUUAUUCUCUUAAAAUAUAAAAUACUUUAUAAAAACAUAUUAUAUAAUAUAUUAUGUAUAAUAUUUAAACAAAAUGAUAAAAUAAUUAAAUAAUAUUCAUUUGUUUUGAAAAUAAACUUAAUAUUGAGACAUA